UUGGGUGUGUUGGAAUAAUCUGAGAGGGACAAGGGUGGGACGGCACGAGAGGAGCCAAAAACGCACAGCUUAAACCGAUCCCGAAUCACAGAAAUCAAACCAUCGCCCAACGAGUUGCCGUUGACAUGAUCCUCCUUGCUUCCUCUUUAAACUACCACUUGUACCUCUAACCGCAAUGGAAGGUGGGUCUCCAGGCCAAGAAUCAAUAGGGUCUGGGACAAAGAGGUCUACUGUAUCAUCUGGGAGUAGGUCUCGUAAACGCAAGGAAUUUCUUUAUAGGUUCGUGGACAGUGACAAACUCACAGAAAACCUUGAACAGUGGUUUAAUUCUGUAUCUAAUAGAUCAGCAACAAAGAAACCUUCCUUUAAUGAGCCUUUUGAGUUGAUAGAGCUUCAAAAAUUUGAGUAUGCAUUAGAAGGGAUUUCAUUUCAGCAGUUGAUUAGGAUGCCCAGUGCUGUUCAUGCUUCAACUUCUAGUGGUGUGGAAGCAACUGCUUUUCUUGCCAUUGAAGAUUUUUUACAUGCCAGUGCUAAGGGCUUGUGGGAAGCAUUUUGGAGUCCAGAUGAGCCCAUGCCUUUCUCUGUUGCUUGUCUAUACAGUGAAAACUUAAAAUUCUAUCAGGCUGAGAAUGCAAUUGCUGAGGGUAAGCUUGAUGGUCUUUGUGCUACUGGUAUAUUACUUACAAACCCUAGACAUCCACAGGGGAAGUGGGAUCAUAUUCUUGAGUUGGCUCUUUUAAGGCCUGAUAUUCGAGGCUUUGUUGUAAAAGGUGAUGGGCAGCCCUCUCUCUCUGUUAUCGGUGAGGCCCUUUUCUAUGCUAUCCAAGUACUAAUAGCAAGAAGCUUGAGCCGAAUGAAUUACUCUCAGACUUCAAAUUCUGUUUUUGUUCUUUUAGUUGAUUCUCAGUAUGGUGGUGUUGUAAAGGUUGAAGGAGAUGUAAGUAAGUUGGAGUUUGAUGUUGAUAAUGUUUAUGAAUGUGCUGCUGAAUGGAUUGAAAAUCAUUCUACGGUUGCAGUCUCUUCAAUUGACAGAAUUUGGAACAAGCUUGGAAAUGCCAAUUGGGGAGAUAUUGGUGCUUUGCAGAUACUCUUUGCUACCUUCCACUGUAUCACUCAAUUUGCUGGAUUUCCCAAGCACUCAGUGGAGGAUUUGGCUGCAGAUCAUGGUUCUCGUCUCCUAACAAGAAGAGCUGAGAGGCAGUUGGGGGAUACUGAGGUGAAUGGGAAUGGUCUAUUCAGAUUUCAGCAGCGCAGUGUUUCCCCUGAAAUUGUUGAAAUUCAGGAUGAUUCCAUCAAAAUUGAAACUGAACAGUUAUUGAAGCUAGAAGUAGGAUCAGUAUUGUGGUUGGAGGAUUCUAACUGGCAAAAAGGUUACCAGAUUAAUGAAGUUAUGAGUAACAGCGAACAGCCGCAUUACAUUGCAUCUCCAGUGGAAGAUCCUCAGAAAAGUUUGUUUCUAUAUGUUGGCUCUCAUCCGUCCCAGCUGGAGCCUGCCUGGGAGGAUAUGAAUAUGUGGUAUCAAGUUCAGAGGCAGACUAAAAUAUUGACUAUUAUGAAACGGAAAGGUAUAUCUAGCAAGUAUUUACCCCAAUUAAGUGCAUCCAGCAGGAUUAUUCACCCCGGUCAGUGUCAGAAACCCAGCUCAGGCGGAAAUUGUGGUCACCCUUGGUGUGGCACCUCGAUCCUUGUUACAAGCCCAGUUGGUGAAACAGUAGGUGAAAUGAUCAAUCAGGGUAGAUUUGGUGCGGAAGAGGCUAUUAGGUGUUGCCAUGAUUGCUUAUCUGCACUUUCAACUGCUGCUUCUGCAGGAAUUCGGCAUGGGGACAUCAGGCCAGAGAAUGUGAUUUGUGUCAGGUCUACUGCAAGACAUCCGCUCUUUGUCCUGAUUGGGUGGGGACGUGCUGUUCUUGAAGAUAGGGACCGUCCUGCAAUGAACCUUUAUUUCUCUUCAACCUAUGCUCUCCAGGAGGGAAAGUUAUGCUCAGCUUCAGAUGCUGAGAGCCUUGUUUAUAUGCUUUAUAUUUCCUGUGGUGGGGUUUUACCUGAUCUAGAUUCAGUUGAAGGGGCACUGCAGUGGAGAGAGACUUCUUGGUCUAGGCGACUAAUUCAACAAAAAUUAGGCGAUGCCUCAACAGUGUUGAAAGCAUUUUCUGAUUAUGUUGAUAGUCUAUGUGGGACACCGUAUCUGAUGGAUUAUGAUAUAUGGUUAAGAAGGUUGAGGAGAAACAUUAAUGAUGAAAAUGGAAAGGAAAUUGAUACAUCAGGCUAAGUUAAUUUUCCCAGGAGCAGUGAUCCCUUGGUUUCAACCUUCUGGAAUACAUUCCUUGGCAUGACAUAUUCAUUAAAAAGGUUGAAGAAUGAUAUGGCAGCCUCCCUUGAGAAAGUCAAGGGUUUGCAAUGCGUAUCUGGGGUGUUACAGGACUGGCUUAUGGAACCUGCAGAGAUGUUCAAUGCUUUGCAAACUUGCUUAUACCUCCAUAAUUAGUGUUCUCCUGGUGUGUGCGAAGAUUACAAAUGGAGCUGAAGAUUAACAACUAUAUGGACUUAUUUGCACUUUGCACGCAGUUUCCUUACACAGGUGAUCGACUACAAUGAUGUUUCCUGCAUUUUUGAUCUGUUUUUCUCUCUAAUUUGUCCGAAGAUUAUAUGCUGUAUUUAUUACCAUUCCUUUGUAAAGCUAGAACCAUUCAAAGUUGUCUUCAAGGUUUCUGCAAUUGGUAUGUAUGGGUGGGAUUCAAAUUAGUUUAUCCUGUAUAGGUGAUCAUCCAAUUUGAGUGUUAAUAUGUACUGUCUGCCCCCUUUUUGUUUGAUAAAUUCCCACACAGAUAUCGAAUUUACAAUGUUCAUGACUUCAA